CGAUAUUUACGUGGCAAUCGCCACACAUGCUCCUGCCUCAGUUCUCUCCAGCUUUCCGUAUCCGUCGUUCUUUGAUUUGCGACCUCAGUCAGCCUAGCCUCCUAGGAACGUGAAUUAGCAUAACUUGCCCGUCGUUCGUAGUCUUAUCAGUCUUCCUUCUCUCUUCCUUGCUUCACGCCGCAACUGAACUAGAUUCCUCACUCGGGCCUGGAAGCCUCUUUGCCUUUCACGAAUUAUCUGUAGCGAGCAGCAGCAAGCAAAUAGAGACAUGGAUUUAGGCCUCUCCGAUCUCGUAGCGUGGAACCUGCGGCAUCACAGCACGGCCGCACAGAUGCCGCAGAUGCGUCACCUGCCGGGACAGACGCUGCGCGGCCACGUCCCCCCGCAGUUGCAUCACAGCAUGAUGCCCGCACAGGUCUCGUCCGACAAGUCCGAGCCUGGCGCCGAGCCUAGCGCCGAACCUCUCUCAAAGCGCCGCCGCCUUGAAGAAACUGCCCCGGUGCUUCCGGACCUCGAAACGGGCAGCACCUCUGACAUCAGCCGAUCACCCGCAGAGUACUCACCGCCAGAGACGCAGCCGCAGCAGCAGCAGCAGGAGCGAAGUCCGCCGUCGCUGUCGGAUUUGGGCGAGGAUCUUAUACUGAAGGUGCUUCAAUCGGGGCAUCCGACGGCGUGGGACUUGUGCCGGUUCUCGUGCGUGAGCCGGCAGUGGAAGCAGCUGUGCUACAGCCGCGUGUUCUGGACCAAGCUGCGCAUCGGCCCAGGCAGCAUGCAUCCAGGCGUCGAGCUGCUCGCCCCGCGCUGCGCCAACCUCACGGACCUCUACGUGGACGACCCGCGGUGCGAGCUGCACAUCCUGCACCCGAUCAUCGUCGCAUGCAGCGACUCCCUGCGACGCAUCGUCAUCGACUGCGACCGCGAUGCGACGAGUCGCAACGAGGCGGCGAUCUGCAGCAUCCUCUGGAUCAUCUCGCUCUACUGCAAGCACGUCGAGUCAGUCGAGCUCACGUCGCACGGCGUAGAGACGUCGUUUGGCGUUCUCGAGGCGCGCUCUAUGUGGUACCUAACCUCCGGGUUUCGCUCCAUGCGACAGUUUUCCUGCCUCGUGCGAAACAGCGUUACUCGCCAGGCCGUGUACUUGAUGGUGAUCGGCUGGCGAAACCUCUCCUGUCUGCGAAUUCACAUGGGGGCUCUAGAGGUGGACGAUCUCUUAGCGCUGCGCAAGUGCUCGUCUCUAAGAGUGUUGGAAUUAGUAGGCGGCUCGAUCCACACCCUACCCGCCGCCCUUGCAGCGCUUCCCUCGGCAACCCCCGCUCCUGUAUCCACUUGCCCCUGGCUCGGCUCGACACGAACCUCAGGUUCGGGGGCAGGUUCGGCGGCGCCGGACGCGUUUCAUCCGGAGCUGGAGGUGCUGAUUCUGACUGACGUGGACUUCGACGCGGCCGUCGUGGCGACUAUCGCGCUCCGGUGCCCUAACCUGCGGCGCAUCGUGAUUAAGGGGCUCUGCUGCGCCAUGUGCGCCGCUGCUGGGUCCGCAGCUGCAGCCGCUGCCGCAGCUGGAAGGGUAGUUGCAACGCCGGCAGUGGGGGCUGUAGCAGCAGCAGCUGCGGCAGCUGGGAGGGCAGCGCCGGCAGUGGGGGCUGUAGCAGCAGUAGCUCCCGCAGCAGGGAGGGUGGUAGCAGCGCCAGCAGUGGGGGCGGCAGGAGCCGGAGUAGCAGCAGUAGCAGCAACAGCAGGACGGAUAGCAGCAGCAGCGCCAACGGUGGGCGCAACAGGAGCAGCAGGGGAGAGGGCAGGGAGAGUGGUGGGGUUGCCGAUGGGGGGGAUGGUGGUGGGAGCAGGAGCAGGGGCAGGGGCAGGGGUAGGGCGGGUGGGGGAGACGGGCAGUGUUGCGCCUGAUGCUGAUGCCAGGGGACUGACAGGGCUCAUGACAGGGGCAGCCACGUUUGGUGGGGCUGCAGGGGCUGUGUUUGGGAGGCCGGUGGCUGCUAACGCUGUUGUUCCUGCAUCUGCUGCUACAGGCGGGGGUCUUUUCCCACCUGUUGACAUGACAGUAGGUGCAGGAGAAUCAGCAGUGCCGGUUGUAGCACCUCUGUUCGCAGCACCUGUAGCAGCACCUGUAGCAGCACCUCUGUUCGCAGCAGCAGCACCGGUUAUGGCUGCGGCAGUUGUGGCAGCAGUACCGCCUGUAGCAGCAGCAGCAGGGCUAGCAGCACCCGCAGUAGUGCCAGGAGGAUUGACAAGGAACACUGCGCCGCCACCUGCUGCUGCUGUUGCUGCUCCAGGUGCCAUUGUGGGUGCCAUUGUGGGUGCCGUUGCAGGUGCCGUUGCAGGUGCUACUGCAGCAGUGGGAGUGGGUGGGGGCCUGCUGGUGGGCGGCAGUUUGUGUGUGAAGGCCAAGGUGCUCGCUCUAAGGCAGAUGCUGGCCGUGGCAGGGCGAUUAGAUAUGGUGAUGAAAUGACAUGCUACUACCAGUAGUUACGUAUUUAGGUGUUUUGUAUAUGA